AUGGAGGGUGCAGGUUGUAUGGAUUCGCUGUGUCGAGUUUGCUCCAAUCCCGGUUCACACAGCAUUUUCGCACGCAUACCGGCGUAUUGCCACGAGCACUACCGGGAGUAUGCACGCUGGAAACAGCCCAUAUUUUUACUUAUAGCGGAAGUUACAGGCGUCGAGAUAAAGGAAAACGAUGGCCUGCCCAAGAAGAUAUGCGUUCUGUGCAUAUCCUAUCUCAAGCACGCAUACACCUUUCGCCGGCAGGCGUUGGACAAUAUAGCCGGACUGCUCACCGCCAAGUACCUGUCAGAUCUGCGGCCCGAAAGUAAAAAACCAUUGUUAGAUGAUCACCCUGUAAACCAAGAUCGAAUAAUAUCGACCUGCGACGGGGGCGUGUAUCGAUCGGUGAAUCUCUCCGAAACGGCCAACGACCGGAGCGCGGUGAAAAAACCAACCAAAAAAGCACCCGUCAUGCAUCGGUUCAUAGAAAAACCACCAGACAACAAUGUGGAAGAAGACGUGGACAAUCUGUUCGAUGGUCUGGAUGAGCCAAGCAGCGGAUUGUUCGGGUACCGCGAGAAGGAGUUCGUGGAGGACGACGUGAUGGAUCUGGAUGGAUUGCAGGAGCACGGUGUUACCUUCACGCUGCCCGAGGAUUAUAAGGAAAAGAAAUGUUUCGCCUGCCGCAAGCGAUUUAUGUUCUCUGAGACCUACUCGCAACACCUGACCGAGUGCCUGAUGUACAAACUAACCGAAGCGAUUCGGGCGCUCUACCACAUAAUGUACCUGCGUGAGCAAAGCGCAAUUUCCGCGUUUGAGUUCAUCCGACGAGCCGUGUUUACGGUGCGCAAAAGCUACCACUUGGUGCUCUCGUACGACGGUGAGCUGGAUGGAGAAGACAUUGUCGGUGAUACGGAGGAAAAUACGAAUGAAAUCGACGAGUCGCAGCUGGAUGCGGGAUCUCGCAGUUCGUCAGGAGAGCUCAUUCCGAGACACACAUUCGGAGGUCACGAGCUGGAUUCCCUCAACAAAAACGACCCGUUCGCUACCCCAAAAUCGAAACAUCUUCCGGAGGCGUACGAUUCCGCAGGGGGGAUGAAUAACCGCACCCAACCGCUGGUGAUGGUGGGGAGCGCUUUUACACACCCGGUCACACAGCGUCCAGUGUCCGGCACGAUUGCUACCGCGAUGGCUCUCCAUUCGAAUGUGGACAUUAUAAAAAAUCGUCUCACGAAAACGGGCCCGGAAGAGGUGAACGAGAGCAAUGCGAACGAUCGCUACAAGACGAUCAAAUGCAAGCAGUGCGAGGCUCGGUUCUACACCAUCUCCCAUCUGGACGAGCACACGAUAAAGGUGCACCAGCGGCGGGUGUGA